AUGUCAAAAUUAUCUUACAAUAAUUAAAAUUUUGCUUAGAAGCUGAAAAAAGAAAUGCUUUAUCACUUUGAUAUAUUUGGCUAAUCUCCAAAUUUAACAAUACUGAAUCGGAACAAAUAUACUUCAGGACUUGGGUUUAUCACCUCAUUUAUGAUUGGAGUCUUUGGGUUUUAUUUUUUUGUCACAGAAGUAGUCUCUAUGAUUUCUAAAUCAAAACCUGCAGUUUAUUAAACAGAAUUAUCUAUAUCUGAAACAGAAGUAUGAAAGAAAUUUAAAUAGCCAUUGAUUCUUAAAAACGAUAACUUUACAUUAGCAAUAUCAAUUGUAAAUCGAUUUUCAGAGCCAUUGAUAGGGAUUGAUCGGUACUUCUAACUUAAUAUAAGUUAAUGUGGAAGAUAUAGGAUAAAGGAUGAAAAUUCAGAUAAAAUUUUUGUGAAUUAAAAGUAAAUAUUUUAGAUAUUAGCAAUUCUCCAAGUUGUACUUAAAUACCAAUCGAACCAUGUAAUAUGUCUCAUUUCACUACUGAUAUAUAAAAGGAAUAUUUUUCCAUUAUUAGAAUGGGAGGAAUUUAAUGUAUUAAUAGAAAAUAUCUGAAUGAAAAUUCUUUAGUAUAAAACUAAUAAUAGCUUAGUCUUUGCAAGGUUAAAUAACAUCUUGGUAAUUCAGAUACAUUUUCAUAUAAUUUACAGCCUGUUAAAAUACAACUAAAUAUAAAGAUUGUGCAUCAUAAGAAGAAAUUGAAACUGUUUUAUAAUCAGGUUAUUACAAUGUUUAUAAAAGUGAUUAUCUUGCUACACUUGAUCAUCCAGAUUAACCUUAUCAAGAAAUCAUUACAAAUGAAUAUACAAGUUUCACUUUAAGCACUUCUAAGACAAUAUCUUAACUUUAUAAGAUAUUAUAAACAACUACAGAUUAAGGAUUAAUUUGGGAACAAAUUCAACAUCAAUCAAAUAUUUAAUAAAGUGAGUGGAGAGAGAUAUCUGACUUUUAUAAUAAACAAUAUUUAAUUGUUCAUUUUAUAAAAUUGGAUUAUAAAUUAACAAAUAAUAUUAGAACAUAUGUUAAGUUAUAAACUAUACUAGGAAAACUAGGAGGAAUUUUUUAAAUUUUCAUUAUGAUUGUAGCAAUAAUUUUAAGGCCUAUAAUUGAAAAUUUCAUGAAAUUAGAAAUGGUUAAUUCUCUUUUCAAUUUCUCUGAUUCAUUUUAAACUUAAAAACAUUCUAAUGUAAUCAUCUAAUAGGAGAAAGAAAUGAAAAUUUACACAAAUUAAACUCAAAACUAAAACUAAAACCAUGAUCUAAAUAAAAAUCAAUUAAAUAAUAAAUUAAAUUCAUCUAAUAUUUAAACUUGGUUGAUAAUCUUUGGAUGUGAUAAAUCCAAACAAAAAUAAUUUAUAAUUGCUAAAAAUAAAGUUAAUAAAAAUUUAGAAAUAGUUAAUAUUUUGAGAAAGUUACAAGAAAUUAAAAUCUUAAAGAAAAUAUUGCUCACAAACGAUUAAAUGAUUUUCUUAAAAAAUUAUAGAAGAAAAAUUGAUGAGAAUGGCUUCUGCUACUAAAACUAAAACCAAUAUUAAUUAUAACAGAAUAUAAUAUCUUGCUCUGGUAAUUAAGAUUAAUUCAAUUAAAAAAAUUCAUUAGAAAAUUUUAAUUUAGAAUAGAGAAGUUAAUUAGUUUUAGAUUAGAUUGAUAAUAAGGCAUCUAAAAAUCUAUUCCAAAACGAUAUUGUUAAUUCUUGUUAUAAAUUCUAAGAGAUUCAUUCCCUAAAUUAUGAUGAAAUUUAAGAACCUGUGCCGUAAACACCAAGAAAAUGA